CUUUUGAUGAAGCACUUGAAACAUAUGGUGUGAAGUAUAUCAAGCAAAAUAUUACUAGCAAUCUUGCUGAUCAACAGACAAUGAUGUCAAAAAUAAAAGCAGCCCAAAAUUCACUUUGGUCGCUGAUUACAAAAUUAUCAUCCGCAUUCGACCAUCCACAUCCUGCAACACAUUAUCUAUUUGAAGAUGCAUCAGAAAUUAGCGAAAAUGGUAUUAAGAAUAUCCUUUUUUUCUAUAAGUCUGGUAAAUCAUGUUUUUUACAAGUACUCAAUCAAGAUGUAUACAAAACUGAACAUCGUGAUACUUCUAAACAUGAUAUUCCAGAAAUACACCAGACAUCAUCAUCUUUCAAAGUUCCAAAACAGUGUCGCACUACUACAAAAAAAGAGAAAAAUAUAUUAGCUCAAUUGUGGAAGGGCGAAGAAAAAUUAACUGAAACCAAAGUUACAAACAUACAAACACAAUUACCAGAUUGGACUGAAGAAAGAAUCAAGCAUAAGGAUGCAAUUUUAGCUGUACUUUUACCUGCACCUGUUACAGCAUUAAUGAUAAAAGCUUUUUUUGCUCAAAUUUUUUGUAAUAAUCAGAAACAGGGUCUAACAGUACAUUCUAUUGGUUUGAAUAUGUGGGUCUGUCUUGAGAAUCCUCUUUUAAUUGGGCAUGAUGUCUUAAUAA